AUGCGGAAGUCUCUUAAGCGGUUGAAGAUUACGGUCCCACACUUUGACAACACAAACUUGAUUGAAAGCUAUUCACGGACGUUAAUCGGUCGGUGUAUGAACCCACAUAUGCAAGAUAUGAAGGCCUUGCUGUUCAUGCUCCCCAGAAUCUGGAAAGUAGAGGAAAGGGUGGCGGGUGCAGAUUUGGGUUUAGGUCGAUUCCAAUUCGACUUUGACAAGGAGGAAGAUAUAAUUGAGUUUUGGGUACGCGUCAUUGGCGUUCCCUUACACUUCUGGGCGGAUGAAACUUUCCGGUGUAUCGGAAAAGCCAUUGGGGAUGUCAAAGCGGUCAAUCUAGACGACGGAAAGAUUCAGGUGGUCAUCGAUGGGCAGAAGCCACUGUGCUUUGAAACGGUCGUCGAGUUUCAGGGUGGGGAGGAAACGAUCGUUUAUUUACGAUAUGAGAGGCUUUUUGGUUACUGCAGAAAUUUUCUUAGCCUAUGUCACGAUCACCAACGGUGCCCAAAUCGGUCAGAUGGGGCGGAUCGCAAGGUUGCGGAGGAUCAUGGUGAGGACCAGGGAGAUAUCCAUGGACCUGCGUCUUAUAGAACCGCGAUGUUACAUGGAAAUGCAGGAAAUAAGGAAAGGGGAAGAAAUGGAGUUUCUGUUGGAUUGCAAAAAGGUCCACAAAAAGGAAAAGGCAAGGAGAGCUCUCGUCAAAGCGUAGCGGACGAAGACGGAAGGCAGCAGCGAAGCAGGUCGGAGUGGAAAUACGGUGAAGGCUCCUCGCGAUAUACCCGACCAUCAAGCUAUGUCCCUCCCAAGGAAAUGACUCAGAAGCAGACAACCUCAGGUGUCAUGCGGAACACACCACGGCAGCUGGAGAAAGUUCAGAAAAACUCGGAUCAAAUUAAGGUGGAUCAAACAAAAAAAGAUCGGAAAGAGGAAGAAAGGCAAAUGACACAAUCGGUCAAGGGCAUAUCUUCUACGAUUUUGCCUUUGGAAAGUUCGGCGAGGAAGAGUUUGACUUUUGAAGAUGGUGGUUUUGUUAGUUAUGGAUCUCGGGACAAAGACUUAAUGGAUUCAGAGAACAUGAAUUGGUCGGCAGAAAUUUCUGAUUCCUUUGGGAGUUUUGAGGAAGCAAUCAUGGGUGAAGAGGUUUCAGGUGAUGAUAUCGGGAUGGGUAUGAUGUUAGAGGGGCAGGAGAGUUACAUGAUGGAAGCGGCUACUCCGAAAGAGACACAAGGUGUACUAACGGAGGCGAAUGAGAGGUGUGGAAAAGAGGAUGGAGAGAUUGUUGAAAUAUCUGCAAUGGUGAAUCAAAAAGAAGAGGGGAUGAUGGAUACGCUGAAGGAAUCUGAAAACGGUGGUGGCACAGAUCGGGAGACUAUGAUAGAGACAAAGGAUAUGGGCUCGGAAGCUUUGGUGGGGGUCACAAAACAGGGAACAAAGAAGAAACUCACCAAGACUUCCUCGCAGGUUUUGGUAGGCACCACAAAGAAACGGUUGGUGCAAGCUCUAAUCUCUCCUCGGAAAAAACAGGCAGCAAAAACUUCAGAUCGGAACAAGGAAGGAACAGGUUUAGGCGGCUCAAAGGGUUCAUCAGACCCGAUAAUAGAUCCAAAACCAUGA